AUGGCCGCCAACGACUACUACAACAAUAACAACAACCACAACCCCAACCUCUAUGGCCAGCCACCAGACAGAAACGAUGCGCCUCUGCCUGCACUGCCUGGAAACCACACACAAACCCCAGUCUCGCCCGUCAGCUCGCCCUUUGACGACCGGCCGCAUCCCGUGCAUACACACAGCAGCGGAGCCAUGAGUGGCAUGCCAAUUGAUACCACGUACUCAAACACCUCAUACCAACCGCCCACUCAGUAUAGCUCCACCGCACAUAUCAAUGAUCCGCACACGCGGCAGCCAGACCCGUUUGCAGACCAAAAUGCAAUACCCUUGCAGAAUCAAAACAGGAGGAAUGAUGGUAGCCCUGUACGAUACGACAACGAUCCAGAGUUUUAUGGCAUGGGAGUAGAACCGAGGAGAAAGAGCAGUAGAAAGAAGAAGAAGAAGAAGGGCUUGUUCAAUGGAGGAGUCACAUGGGUCGUAUACAUUCUUACGGCGGUGCAGGUUGGCGUAUUUAUUGGAGAACUGAUCAAAAACGGCAUGCUAACCGGCUCUCCCAUCCAAACCAAGCCAACCUUCAAUAUUAUGAUUGGCCCUUCGCCCUACGUUCUCAUCAACAUGGGUGCUCGCUUCACGCCCUGUAUGCACAACAUCAAGCAGGUAAUUGAGGCCAACCCUCCAGUUCUCGAAUGGCCAUGUCCCAACACCACCGUCAUCACUCCAAACACACCGCAAUGCACCUUGGCCGAGCUCUGUGGCAUGGGCGGCGGCGUUCCUGACCAGAGCGGCGUAACCAACUUCAAAGACCGAAGCCACGAGCCCAACCAAUGGUGGCGCUUCAUCACCCCGAUGUUCCUACACGCAGGAGUCAUCCACAUUGGCUUCAACAUGCUACUGCAAUGGACCCUCGGUCGCGACAUGGAAAAGGAGAUCGGCCCCUUGCGCUUCGCUCUCGUCUACUUUUCCGCCGGCAUCUUCGGCUUCGUUCUCGGCGGCAACUACGCACCCGACGGCAUUACAUCGGUCGGCUGCUCCGGUUCUCUCUUCGGUAUCCUCGCCCUCACGUUGUUGGACCUCUUGUACAAUUGGUCUACACGUCGUAGCCCGGUCAAAGAUCUGAUCUUCAUCCUCCUCGACAUGGCCAUUGCGUUUGUCAUCGGUCUCUUGCCCGGCCUUGACAAUUUCUCGCAUAUCGGCGGAUUCCUCAUGGGUCUCGUCCUGGGUAUCUGUAUCAUUCACUCGCCCGAGGCGCUCCGGAAACGCACCGGUCAGGGCGAACCGCCCUAUGCAACCGUGGAUACCCAGCCCCUCGCCCCGAAAUCCGAAAACCCAGCGUCAAAGGUUACGGUGUUUGCCAAACAACCGAUUGGGUUCUUCAAGGGACGAAAGCCCCUGUGGUGGGUGUGGUGGCUUGUUCGCGCCGGCAGCCUCAUGGCGGUGUUUAUAGGAUUUAUACUGCUGCUCAGGAACUUUUAUGAGUGGAGGAACACGUGUAGUUGGUGUAAGCACUUGUCUUGUUUGGAUGUCACGGUGAAUGGUGUCAAUUGGUGCGAUAUGGGCAAUUUGAAGCUUAGUUCCAAUCAGAGUAGCAAGAGGGGUCUUGGAGGUCUUAUUUAGGUAAGGAGGAAGGAAGUAAGGAGGGGACUAGGUUCAAGACGGCCCAUUGUCUCUCUCUUUUCUUUUUCUCUCUUGCUGGUUGCCUUUUGGUGCGGAAAUGUUGCACUUUUUUCUCUUUAUUGUGAGGAAAUGAAAAGCAAGCAUUGAUACCACUCAUGCAUGGCAUGAUAUUGUUUGUAGUACAUGAGUAGGUGGGAUUAUUUGAAUACCCCGGACCGUAAUGAGUAUGAUUUUUUUUUG